CUCACACUAAGCAAUCAUGGAGGUGUACGCGUAGGCGUGCGUGGAACAGUAAACAAGCACAUAAACACAAACUUCGGUAGGUUCGCAUAUAUUCCUUGGAUCGGUGCUGGACCCCCCUCCGUGGCAGGCUCAACGCGCCAAGGGCGGCGCCGGAGGCGCCGCCAGGAGGCCCAGCGUAGAGUCAAAAACUCCGCGAGGAGCUCGUACAAUCAUGUUUGUGUUGAUUCGUCUUCUUCCACAUCCCAGGCGAUCAGCAGUGGACGGCUAAUGCUUGAGUCUGCAGAGACAUCUCAAAGAGGACUGGACCUCGCGGAUGCCAGCGGCACCCAUGAAGGCGCCCUGGCGCGAAGCUUCUGGAUUGCCGAACAGCCAAUGUGCCUCUGGCACGACGUGGAGCGCCCGAAGGCUCGCAGCUGCGUUGCUGCUGCAGCCGAGCCCGCCAAGAGGCUCCGAGGAGGCGUCAGUCCACAAGAGGCCCAAAGAGGCGCCCAAGAUUAACUCGACCCCCAACGCUUGCACUGGCAGGGGGCGCAGCCGCCAUCUCGGCAGCCUGCGCGCCUCUGCGGCCGGGGGCGAUUAUAUGGAGGGGGGCGUCCGCGAGAGGGGUGCGCAGCUCGUGGCCCGAGGCGCGUGCUCGGCCCAGGGGGGGGGCCACGGGCGAGUGGAGCCCGCGCAAGACCCUGCGAGCCAGCAGACGCCGACGCCGGCGCUGCCCUUCCCGAGCGCCCGAGGCCCCUCAGACGGCGAGCAGCGCCGACGAGAAGCAGACCGGGCCUGCGGUCACCGGCCGGCGUGUAUAGGCGGCCAGCAGCAGCGAGCCGAGGUCAACGGCUCCUCCCUCGCCAGCCGCCGUCCAGUCGGACUCCGCCGGCGCCGGUGCGCCCGGACGCGCCCAGACAGGCCGGGCAGGCUGGCACUGCCUGAAUCGAAGGGCACUGUGGGCACGCGGGGCAAGGAGGUGCCGUCGGGCAGGCAGCAAAGUGUAAGUGAGUGACGCCUCCCACGCCCACUGGAGCGCCUGAACCCACAUCUGCGGCCGCACGGGGCUGGCCACGGAAAAAUAUAGAGCCAUGACAUUGUACGGAC